AUCAACCAGAUCGCAAACACGGCCGGCCUUAAAGUAGUUUUCGGUUUGAGCUUUAUGAAAAGAUUCAAAGACGGCUCGUGGGAUCCAAGCAACGCCUUAAGAAUAAUGACGUAUGUCGCUAAGAGAAGAUAUCAAUUUGGAUGGCAGCUUGGCAACGAUGGCUUUCUUACGUGGACGACAUCAGCUAACACGUUACUGCAAACUUAGCAGCCGUAAGGCUGCCAUUCUCUCGUUUAUCAUCAUCGCAGUCGUGAUUAUGCGCUUCUUUAUGGACUCCCGGGAUUUCAGCAGAGUUAAUUUCCACGCACCUUUAUCUGGUCAAGCCAAGGUCAUUGUGACUAAAAUUGUAAACAUAAAGAUGAGAGAAGAGAUUGCGAGAAUCGAAGAACACUUCGUAUCCAUUUGCCUGACUUGGAGGACAAUUUUGGAGUGGAAUUUUAACUAUACCACAGAGAAACGAAUCAUUACCUUGAUGAAAGCUCUUUCGCCGGCUUAUGUUCGAAUUGGCGGUGAUCGCAGCCAGUUUGUGCUUUUUCAAGCCGUGAAAGGAAAAGAAAAUAAACUUCUUGGGAUAAAAACUUUUAAUAUAUCAGGCGAAGAGUUAGACAGGAUCAACUGGGUCACAGAGAUGGCCGGCGUCAAAGUAAUUUUCAGUUUGAAUUUUUUAAAAAGGUUUGUGAAUGGCUCAUGGGAUCCAAGCAACGCGUUAAAAAUAAUUAAAUACGUCGCAGAGAGAGGAUAUAAAUUUAAAUGGGAGCUUGGCAACGAACCAAAUCACUUGCGUCGCUUUGGUGUCACUAUCCCGCCUGAACAACUGGCUGAAGAUUUCAAGCAACUCCGGGGGCUAUUAUCAACAAUUCCUGGCGUUCACAAUUUUCUUGUUGGGCCAGAUGUAACACAGCCUCGAGGAAAUGCAAUGGGAUAUUUACAAAGGUUUCUUAAGAAAGGCAGCUCUUCCCUCGAUGCAGUUACUUGGCAUCAUUACUACGUAAGGGGAGAACAUUGUUCCCUUCCACAGUUCUAUGUCCCACAAACGUUAGACACAUUACUCCGAGACAUAAAGGAAGUAGAUGAGGUAAUCAGUCAGUAUGCUCCAGGUCUUCCCAGAUGGUUCGGUGAAACUGCGAGUGUCAGCGGAGGGGGUGCAGACGGAAUAUCUGGCAGAUUUGUGGCUGGUUUUAUGUGGUUGAACAAACUGGGUAUGGCGGCUCAACACGGGUAUGAGGUCGUUUUAAGGCAAACGAUGUUCCAGGGGCACUACGCGUUAGUGGGACAAAAUUUUUGCACCACUCAGGAUUAUUGGCUUUCACUCCUUCAUAAAAAAUUGGUUGGUGCCAUUGUCCUUGGGGUCAGGAGCGGUUUGUAUCCCCAUGAGAUGGUGAGAGUCUUUGCCCAUUGUACCAACACGAAAUCAGGUCUUUACAAGAGGGGUGCAAUAACACUUAUGGCGAUGAACCUACAUCCAGAGAGAGAGGCUAAUUUAACAUUAAAAGAUAUUCCAGAUCACGAUAUAGAUGAAUUUCUUUUCACUCCAGAUGGAGACAUUACUUCAAGGAGGAUAAAGCUUAAUGGCAAGGUGCUUGAAAUGGGCCCAGGUUCUUUUUUUCCGACUUUUCAGCCAAUCAGAAUACCGAGAGCUAAUCAGGUGAUCCUUCCACCUCUGACGUAUGCUUUCUACGUUGUCCCGGAAGCAAAUGCUAAAGCAUGUUUGGAAUCCACAAAGAAACGACCAUAAAAAUGUUUUUAGAGACUUCAGUGAUAGUAAAGUCGUCAAGGUCUACACCGUGAAAAUUUCUUAUUCGGAAAGUCUAGCAUAACUUUUGUUUUUAACCGUUGUGGGACCUUUCACACGCAUGAUUAUCAUAUUGAGUACUGGAGCACAUAACCAAAUUUUAAUUUGAUCAAACUCACGAUUAAAAUGAUAAGUAUCACAAAAUAACCUA